AUGGAAAACAGCACUAACUCCUCAACUGGAGGCUCUCAGGGAGAAAGCUUUGAGUUCAGACUCACAAAGGCAACAAUUUGCAUGUUUGUUCUCGUCAUGUCCUUAAUUGAAAACAUGUUGGUGCUAGUGAUUCUUAAGAAGAACCAUCAAAACCGUAUGAGAACAGCUAAUACCUUUUUCAUCGCAAACAUGUCAGUGGCCGACGUUCUGUUCGCUUUACAGAACAUACCCCAUGCUUAUAACAAUUAUUUACUGAAAGAACGAUGGAAUCUUCAAGGAUGGGUUGGAAUUGCAUUAUGCAAGAUCGACAUGUUCUUUUCUCUUAUAACUAUAGUUACUGGAAAUCUUACUAUCUUAGCCAUUGCCGUGGAUCGAGUGUUUGCAGUGUACGUUCCGCUCAAGAAGAUCAUUACCCGAAGAAUCUGUUUUAUGAUCAUAUUUGUGACAUGGUUAAUACCCACGCUUUUCGCUUCACCCCUACUGUACUACGGUGACUUAAUAAUUAGAAACGGUGUCACCUCGUGUAAUCUCACAGAUAGAAGGAUUCUGAAAACGUGGUACAUGGUUUUGGCGGGAAUUUUAGCCACAACUCUCGCCACCAUCCUGGCGUUGUAUACAGCCAUUGGUUUCAAGCUUUCGGGUCGAAAAUUUCCUGGCAAUGCAAGUCAAAAAAAUCGCGAGCGCAGAUUGAAAAGAAAUCGCGAUAUUUUUAAGAUGCUCAUUACUUUGAUUGUCGUGUUUUACAUCUGUUCCUUGCCAAUUCUGAGUUUACAUGUGUCUUUGGUCCUUGGUUUCUACGAAUUGUUAAAAAUAAACCACAUCCGGUUUAUUGCAUUUUUGUUAUACUUCUCGAACGGUGCCAUUAAUCCAAUUAUUUACCUCAUUUUCAAUGAGAGCUUUCGUGAUGGGAUCAAGGCUGCUCUGUCUCAUUGCAAAUGCUCUAGGAGUCUUGCUUACUCUGUUGAAACUGAGGCUGCUGCAAGGAAAAAAAGCACAGAUGAUGGAAAUGAUGGACUGAGAUCCUCGACUCAGUUGUAA